UCUCAUUGCUGCUGUUUUUCAUUGACAAAUUUUAUAAAAAUACCUACGUGAAAAAUACAGUGAAUUAAGCGUAGCGCGCAUAAUUAAAACUGGAAACCAUACAAGACAUUCCACUUUAACAUAAUUUAUUAGUUGAUCCGGUUUUUGAUUACGAUAUAAUAUUUUUACAGUAAAUCUUUCACCAUGGCUGAAAGAGAACCCAUCAGUGGUUCGAGUCGAGAUUAUGGAGCUAUAGCCGCACCCCCAACAGUGGGGUUCGCAGACUUUAGUCCCACUGAGCUAUACAAUCUGAGCGAAGGCAUAGCAAGUAAUGUCAGCAGUAUACACAGUGGCCUGCGAUCACUGGAGAAGAUGAUGAAACAAAUUGGUGGUCCCAAUGAUAACUUGCAGCUGAGAGAUAAAAUACAUGAUACACAGCAAAAUGUCAAUGGAUCCGUGUCAGCCACAGCCCGAGAUUUACAGAGACUCGGUGUUGUGGUGAGGAGAGGAGACAAGCCCCAGAAGUUGCAGGUGGAGAGGCUGACUCAAGUGUUCAGAGAAGCCCUCGCUAAAUACUCAUCGGUGCAGAAGCAAGUGUCAGAGAAGAUGGCGGCGCAUAUGCCGAAGCAGCGAGCACACAUCGACCCUGAGGCACUGGAGAGGCAGGCCAUAGCUGAUGAUGAGGAGGCCUCGUUGAUAGCCAAUCAACAGGCUCAGGCUCGUCUAGUCCAAUUUGAGACGAGUAUGCUGUUGGAAAAGGAGGCUUACAUGAACAAGAUCGAAGCAGACGUGCUUGACGUUAACCAGAUAAUGCAGGAGCUGGCUGAAAUGGUCAACACGCAGGCGCAGGUUGUUGACACAGUAGAAAGUCACAUAGAGGCGGCCAGCACGACGGUAGAAGCCGGAGUAGACGAGCUCGCGAAAGCGGCAGAACACCAGAGGAGUUACAGGAAAAAGAUGUUCAUUCUGAUGCUGAUUGGUAUCAUAUUAGGCAUAAUAUUCAUUGUAUGGAUAGUCAAAGCGUUCCGGUAGAUGGGAAUGGGCGCUUCCAUUUUUGAAAUGGACGCAAACGACAUGUGAGAAGGACAGGGAUGUGUACCUUUCUUGGUCAUAUUCCGUUAUCAGACAAAGAUAUUGUAAAAAGGCUCUUAUGUCUAUACUCAUAAGGGACAUAUAACGCUUAAAUAGGUGACAAGGAAAUGAAUAAUAAUAUAUUGUAUAUUUACCUUGUCAUUUUCCGAUAUUGGACAAAAUUUUAAUAUUAUACAAGCGCUCAUAAAUCCGACCCAUAAAGGUGAUUUGUAUACACACAUCAAACGACAUGGGCCUUACAAUUUACAUAGGUGUAAGAAGGACAUGGAUAUGUAUCUUCCUUUGUCAUUUCCUAAAAUUUUGAUAUUGUAAAAGCGCUGCUAUGUCCAAAGCAUAAGGGUGUUUUACAACAUCUAUGUUCACACUACUGAAGUCUUAUUUCACCUUUCACUGAUGUAUUUCUACGUAAUAGGUAAAAUAGUGACUGCUUACAGGUGAUAUUAUUUAUUUCAUAUCUGUUUUUAUUUUAUUUAUGAAAUUUUAUUUUUAAUUCUAUAAAAACAAUUGUUAAAUAACGUGUCUCGAAAUUUAAAUAAUUAAUUUGAAGUAGACAAAGUGUACCGUUUAAAAAUAUUUUUGUGGUCGGCUUCAUAGAACAAGCAUUUGUGUAUCUUGCUCAGUUUCUGAGGUUUUCUUGACAGAAGUUUAUCUAUUCAACAGCUUUGUUGAUUGGUUAAUAUUAU